AUGGAUUUUGACCAGAAGGCCAUAAAAUUCCUGGCAAACUUUUACAUCAAUGGAAACAAACACUGGACUCACGGGCCACUGGGGCAGAAAUCAGCCUCCCCCUGCCAACCCAAGCGAAUGAUACAAAUGGCAGGUCAGGAGUGCCAGGAGCUCCCAGGCGGCCUCAGGGUAUGCGCAGUCAACUCCCAGGUGCUGCUGCCCACCUGCAUCUACUCCCUGAAGGAGCUGUUGGAGUGGCGACCCCCGAUCCUGACCGACCUGGAAGUCCCAGGCCCCACGAAGUACCUGGUGCCGGAGGCAUCCAUGCAGAUGCGGGAGUCAUCCCCUCACCCCCACUACACCAUCGGUCGGAAGGCCCCUUCCCAUGGAGGCCCUGCGUGCACACGCUGGCUACCAAGCCUCUGGAGCCAGGCCCCGCUCCCGGCUUUCCCACACACCACCAGUGAGAGGAGGCCUAGUCUCCAGACCUGGGGUGUCCCCGUUGGGGACAUCCUGCAAAGUCCACGCUCAGCCGCCUUCAUGAGCCGCUCACCUGCCUUUACUUCCUGGAUCAGCACCUCACACAGCCCAGGCCCAGGUGUGUACCAUGUGAAGGACGGUUACAACUCUCGCUUCCCUUCAGCACCGGGAGUGGUCAUCCAGGGCACAAGAAGACCCAAACGCCACGACACAGGGCCCUUCAGCACUCUCUAG